UGAAGUUUGUCUCUUCUCUGUAUGACAUUAAAGCUUCCUCUUCGUCUUCUAGCAAAACCCUAAUGAGGUACACAUCCAAUUCUCAAAUAAGUCUCAGAAACUUAUGGUUACUCUCUACUAAGUUGUACUCAGAGGAAGAUAAGAGGUUGUGAAAACCACAGCAGCAAUGCAACUUCUUAAAAAAACUUUCGCUUAUUUCCCCAUUCAAUUUCUCAAAAUCAAUCACAAUCACUACCAAAAUCAAACCUUCAUAGCUAAGCAUCUCCUUUACUAUGACUUCACAUGCUUCAGAACUAUGUCACAGUCCACUUCAAUCCCCAAGAAACAACAGAGAGUCAGAGAUCAUGGAUAUGAUAACUACAUGGAAGUCUAUAAGAAGAUCCGCAAGGUUCUUAAGUUCCAAGAUCUCAUCCUCAGUCAACCAAACCAUACCAUCUGCGUUUCCCGUCUCGACAUUUUAGCUCGCCGACUCGGCUUCAAACAGUAUGAAGCUGGUGCGUUCAUCCUCAAAUUCCCCCAUGCCUUUGAAAUCUACGAACACCCGGUUCAGAGAAUCCUCUAUUGUCGUCUCACCCGGAAGGCCACCCUUCAAAUUGAGCAAGAAAAUCAAUCUCUUCAGGCUCAAAUCCCAGAUACCAUUAUCAAUCUGCGUAAGCUGCUUAUGUUGUCGAAAACAGGUCGCCUUCGCCUUGAACAUAUACGGAUUGCCCGCCUUGAUUUUGGACUUCCCGAAGACUUCGAGUUCUCUGUAAUUCUUAAGAAUCCACAGUUUUUCCGGUUGUUUGAUGCGAAAGAGACUCGGUCCAAGUAUGUUGAGAUAGUUGACAAAGACCCCAAUUUGGCAGUUUGUGCAAUUGAGAAGCUGAGGGAGAAAGAAUAUAGGGAAAGAGGUAUUGAUGCUGAAAACAUUCGGUUUUCCUUCAUUGUCAAUUUCCCUCCUGGCUUUAAGAUUGGUAAAUACUAUAAGAUUGCGGUGUGGAAGUGGCAACGGCUUCCAUAUUGGUCACCAUAUGAGGAUGUAUCAGCUCAUGACCUCCGUUCGCUUGAGGCACAGAAGCGUAUGGAGAAGAGAGCCGUCGCAACAAUUCAUGAGUUACUGUCGUUGACAGUGGAGAAGAAGCUUAGUCUAGAGAGGAUUGCACAUUUUAGGUUGGCCAUGGACUUACCCAAGAAGCUGAAGGAAUUUCUGCUUCAACAUCAAGGGAUCUUUUAUAUUUCAACAAGAGGGAAUCAUGGUAAGCUUCAUACAGUUUUUCUUCGGGAGGCAUACCGGAAAGGUGAAUUGAUAGAACCAAAUGAAUUGUAUUUGGCAAGAAGAAAAUUGGCUGAGUUGAUUUUGUUGAGCCCUAGGAAAGCAGCUGUGGAUCGGGAUUUAUUUGAGUCUGGCAGGGAUGGAGAGGGUAAUGAAAGGAGGGAAAUCAGAAGAGAUUGUGUUGAGAAUAGUUCUGUAGGCUUUAUGUUUGAACGUAAGUUGGGGAUAGAUGGAGGGCAGGAAGAGGACUCGGGCUCAGAAAGUGGUACAUUGGGAAUUGAUGGAGAGCAAGAAGAGGACUUGGGCUCAGAAACUGGUGGAGAUUCUGAUUUUACUGAUGAAGAAAGUGAUAUUGCCGAAACUGCAGAUGAAGAUGAUGUUCAUUGUUGUAAAUGAAUGAUUCAUUGAGAUAAUUUAAUGGUUUUUGGACCUUUUCAAAACU